AUAUGCGUAAAAAAUAUUAGGAAAUAAGUUUAUUUCUGAGAGAAAAUAAAACUCGCGAAUUUGAUAAACUUAUUUAAAUUAUACAGUAUCCGUUUUAAAAUCAAUGUGUUUUACAUUCUAAUUUCAUAACUCUCGAGCAUAAACGCAGAUAACGAGGCACGAUGCAACAACUAGCUUGAGUGACAUCAGAAUACCCCGCGAAUUGGAGGAUGUUGCAGCUCCCGAUCACUCCUAUCGUAAGAUCGAAUACCCUCGACGACGGCAGUACGUCGAUUGUCCUACCUGCGUACCAUCGUUAUGCAAUCUUCACGUUGCCGAAAUUCAAACGGAACCGAAAGAGAUGUCCGUCGUAGAGAGUCAAACUCCGAGGGCAAUCAGAACAGAGACGCCAAUGCAGACGUUGAGUAAAUGCGAGUUUUGUUAUCAACAAAUACCCCUCGUGUCUCCCAUCGAAAGAGCACGCGUAUCCAAUGCUCAUUGUUUCCAACAUACGCCACAAUGGGGUUACCCCGCUAUCGUGCAGUUCGUUCAUGGAGAAGGGGUCGGCGGCGUGCCAUGUUGCCCUGGGUGCAAAUGCACAACGAAUACGACGAAGACCCAAAAGCAACAAUCACAGCAACAGCGAUCUCGGCAAUUGACGCAGCAACAUACCGAACCGCUAAGUCCAAAUAGAAUGAAGUCGAAUUCUAACGAAACGAUGACGAGUGAGGCAACACAGCAGGUUGCGAGUAAAUCUAAUAUUAUACGGAAUUGUGAAAUUCUCUUAUAUUUCAGAGUCAUAGAUUGGAAAUGUUGCUUCAAAGAAUGAAGCGAUUUUCUUUUCAGUAGAUGUUUGUCUCGUCAGCGAUUUCCAGCCCAGAUUAUUCUAAGCGUUUCAUUCGCAAUAACUCAGAUCUGACUCUAAAUUUCGCGCGAUGACAUUACCAUCGUUUAUGAGUAAUAAUAAUUCCUCCCCAAAGGUACUAAAAGCGGAAACGACGUUACAAGAGUAACACAACCUAUCACUACCGUCACAACAUCUUAUAAAACAGACCAGAGAAAGCACACUAUACCGGAUAUUGCGUACGUAUGUCAUAAAUUUAUACAAUCGUUAGAAAAUGAUUAUUUCAUUCCACAAUAAUUAAUCUCUGGAUAUAAUACAUUUUUUAAACCUUUAAUACUCUGAAAAAAGUAUGCAAUUAUAAUUGCAUGGUAAAAAUAAUUACAGUUGGGAAUAUCAUGUUUAGUCAUUAUUUUAGUACAACUUACUGUAUUAAAAUCUCCAUUUUUGGCAACCAUAUCAUAUGUUACGUAGACCAAUAUUAUGAUUAUGAGAACUUGAGUAUAAUUCACACAAAUUAUAAUUUAUAUUAUUCAAUAACUGUAAAAAUAUAAGUAUAUAAAAAGUUAGGUCCAAAAAUGACUAUAAAUUAUGAUAUUACUGCAACUAUUUUUUUCUUUCGGUGUAGAUCUGUUUUUACUGCUGAAUUAGUGUGAGUUUAAAAUGAAAUAUUGGGUUGAAAUCAAACGAAAGUGAGAAGAAAGUUUUAAUAUAGUAAAAUUUUACAAAAUUCUAAUAAGUUUUAUUAAAUUUCUUUAAAAUUUAUUAAAAUUUUACUAAAUUGCAUACUAAAUUGUACUAAAAUUAUAAAGUUCUUCAAAGUCCAAGUAUCUCACAAUAUACCAUAAUUUCUCACAAUAUACCAUGAAAGUGGAUCGCCUUCGAGAAUGAACUCUAAGAAAAAAGAAACUCUCAUACAGUCUUCUAAUUAUAUUGUCUCAAAUUAGAAGUUGAGAAUUAGUUUAUAUAUUGCGGUUCAAUCAUAGCAACAAACAAACAAAACUGAUAAGCGAAGACGUCGAUCAGAAGUUGACGAAAACCAAGAGGCCCGAAGUAGUCGGAGAAACGAUCCUAGAUCACGUCGCCAAUGUAGAAAAAAGAAGAGAUAAUACGGAAGAAAGUGAGAAAGAGAAGACGAUCAAAGAGAAUACAAUGGAAAGGGGUAGAGGAGGAGGAGAAGAACACUACACUAGAAUCUAUCAAGAAAUUAUACGCGCGACGGAACGAAGAAACAUGACAGACCCGGAGGAGUCGACGCACAUGCAAAUGUAAGCGGUAUCAUUUUACAUAACGCAAUACGGAUAAUCGAGUUCAGCCACACGUCUCGUUUAUGUAUAGUUAAAUCGACUGCUGCCGUUGCACGGUUCGAUGAAACGGACGAUUCAAUAUACCAAGAAAUAAAAUCCGUUUUAGGAGCGGAACGUUAACCACGCCAUCGAGUAGCAGAACGAUACCUCGAGCGUUGUUGCACUUGAAGUCAAACAAAGUGGAUCCAAUUAAAAAUGUGUAAACAAUCAUAAAUAUACAAUAAGUCAAAUUGAUAAUCUUGACGAGAAUUUAUAAUUAUUUAUAAAUUCACGAACUUUGUUCAUCAUUUAGAAAUGUGUUCAAUGAAGAGCAUGUCCCCGAAAGGAUAGCAUCGAAGACGAGACUUGAUCAUCCAGCUGCUCAAGAAGUAAGACGUUUUGCAUUAUCAACAUCUUGGAAAAUAAAUUUCGUUGUUUCUUAAAUGUUUGUUGCCGUUCUAGAACGAGCGUCCAGCAAGAAUUAGCUCGCCGACUCCUGCAAUUGAACAGCUGAAUGAAGUUUGUUUGCUCUGCAAACAACAGAAGGUGACUCUAUGGAAUAUCAUGAAUAUCACAUAAGACGAUUGACCUGUUCUUUUUCGCUGCACUGCUGCACUAGUGCGAUAAGUUAGAAUGAGAAAAAAUAUAUUUGUCUUAAUCUAACUUGUUGUUAUAGUGCAGCGAAAAAGAACAAGCCAAAUGUCACAGGAAUAUCAGAAUAGAGUAUAACUCUAAUAAAGUACUCUUUUAGAUGAGAGAGAGUUGAUCUGAGAGGUGUAGAAAAAUCUCAUUGUUAAUAUCGGUGGUCAUAUUGAACAAUAUGAUAUAUAUAUAUAUAUAUAUAUAUAUAUAAAACAUGAUAAAACAAUCAGAAAAUUCUCAGUGUUAAAAAGGAAAUAACAAAAUUCUUUCGCAAAGAGAGCGUCCCAGAUGCGCUCAUUGUAAAACAAACACCAUCGAUCAGAUUGCCGAGUUAGUUAGGAGUAGGAUGAAUUUAUAAAAUUUGAUUGGCGUCCAUUUUACACUGUGUGCGCAUCUAAACUUUCUUGAUCAGUCUACUUUCGUCCUGCGUCUCGGGUCCAUAUUUAUCCCACAUAUAACAUAUGUUCCAUCCUGAUAUUCUUCAUCCAUAAUGGUAAUUUCGUUGUCUGAAAAUCUAAAAAUCUACUAAAUCUCGGGCCUCCCCUUCUUCUUCUUGCCCGCUCAUAUUAUUUCAUGUUACUGCAUGCUUUUCAGACUUUAACGCCAACCUCGGACAAUUCCAGAUGCUACACCAUCUUCAAGGACACAAAAGGAAAAUACUUCUGUAAAUUUUGCGCUCCAGCGAAUAGUGAAAAAGUAAAUAAUCUGUAUGUCUAUUAUCUUUUACUUUAUUAAA